AUGUUGAAAAGGGUUACUAAUAUAAUUGAUCCUGCUGAUGUCAAUAUUAACACGUCAAUGAUCGUUUUGAACGCAGCAAAUUACAAAGGUGUUUGGGAAAAACCAUUCUAUCCACAGUUAACUAAGGAUAAGAAAUUUUACAACCUAAAAGGCGAGAUAUGGAAAACACCAAUGAUGGUUACUGUAGAAGACGUACUUUAUUUAGAGGAACCAAAUCAUGAUAUCAAGAUUGGUAUAAGCCAAAUUAUGAACGAGACUCAUUCUGGAUUGCACCAUAUACUGAAAAGAGAUAGUAUUAACAAAGUUUAUUUGAGCAGAAUCAAACAGAAAGUAUUCUUGGAGAUCGAUGAGUUUGGAAUAAGAAGACCUCAGCGAUAUCAAGAUGUAAGGGACCUCGAACGGAUGCAACAUUUUAUGAGUAAUAUGAAGGAAGUUGCGCUAGACAGACCGUUUUACUUUAUCAUCUCCUUCCGGGACUCCACGGGAGAAUACGAUUUGUUCCACGGAGUAUAUUAUGGACCGCAGGAGUUCUAG